GAAACGCAACGCUGAGCGUAACCUGCACUCGGCUAUACAUGAUUUGAUGUAAGUUACAAGUGUGCAAAUGGCGUCGAAGGAAUUCAUUUAAUCAUGGAUGCCGAUAGCAGUUGCCAUUCUCCUAGAGGUUCAAGGCGGCGUCCACGCCCUAGCGAGAGAGACAGGGCGAAGGAGGAGGAGAGGGAAAAGGUUCCAUAUUUCGCUGAUGCCAAACGUGAGCGUGACCGGGUGAGAAACCUGCGCCAGAGAUCAAAACGUACGGCAACGCCGCCAAGAGAUGCACACAGGUCCCAAUAUGUACGGCAACGCAGCAGAUCCAGAUCUCGUUCUCGUCGGCGUUCCAGGAGUUCCAGGAGUUCCAGGAGCUAUGAGCGUCGUCGCAGUCGCACUCGCAGUGGCAGCUAUAAAAAGAGACCAACAUUGUCGUCGUCGUCAUCCUCGCGACGUCGACGCAGUCGAUCUCGCUCCCGCUCCCCCCCUCCCCGCAUUAUAACAGUGCCUGUGCCAGUGCCCGCUGUCGACUACAAUUAUGCUUAUGGCUGGCCAAGGCAACACUUCAAUCCGAUGUUUGCCGCGUUGCCAUUUGGAAUGCAUCCGCGUCCAUCAAGACCUUACUUUGACCCGUUUCCACAGCCACAUCUGCAUCCACGUCCAUAUCCGCCAUUUAAUUACAGGGCUGGACCGUUUGUGCCGCAUCCGAGAUUUAGCUACAGGAGAACUGAUCGACAGCCACCAAAAUGAUAAACAAUUUUUCCAUAAUUACAAAUUUAUUUACUCAACUGC